GUAAACAGCAGAGGCGGGAACAGUUAGUUGCAUGAAGGUGUUGAAUUAGCAGGAAAACGACAGUCGCAGCACAGAGAGUGAUUUAUUUUGUAACUAAGCAACAAUGUCUUCAGCUGAGUAUCUGAGAGAGUUUGUUAAUGAGAGACUAACUGCUGCUGCUCAAGAAAUAUUCGGAGUUUUCAAAUCAACUAUCGUCAAGUAUGAAGAAGAGCUCGACCGUCAGAGGAGGCUGUUGGAUGUCGUUCGGAAACCUGAAAUAAAGUUACACAGGAUAGAGCUCCCACAGCAACAUGUCUGUAAGGAGGAGGAGGUUCUCUCUGAGCAGCAGCUCUGUAUUCAGGAGAGGAACUCCAGUGUGGACCAAGAGGAGCCAGAGCCUCCACAGAUUAAAGAGGAAGAGGAGGAAGAGCAUGGGACUGACGCCUCCAUGUUGAUCCCUCCUUAUGAGGACAGUGACCACAGUGAAGAUCAGACUCUGUACUUCAGUCCUGAUGAUGCUCUCAGUGCAGCAGAGGAGGAAGUGGAGUUCAGCGCACCAGGUUCAAGCCCUGUGGUGUCAGAAGAACACAGUUACCACCCGCUCCUCUUCCACAGCUCUCAUGAAGCUGAGAGCCAAGAUCAGGAAGAAGGCGAACAUGGAGACUUGGGAACAACUAGUGACGCAGAACCAAAACCAAAGAGAAGACGUCACAAAAGGAAAAAUCAUGAUAACACUGCAAACAAGUCAAACAUGUCAGGCGUUUACCGUCAUGCUCACACAGGUGAAAAGUCCUUCAAAUGUGAAAAAUGUGGGAAACACUUUAAUAUUAAGUUAAAAUUGCGGAGACACAUGAGAGUCCACACAGCCGAGAGGCCACAUUCCUGCACAAUAUGUGGAAAAAAAUUUAUGUAUAAUAGCCAGUUGUUGAUACACAUCAGCACACACAGUGAAGAGAGGCCGUUUACAUGCAAAACUUGUGGGAGAGCUUUCAAACACAGCUGUGAUUUGAAAAACCACAGAGUCAGAGUCCUGACGAGUGACAAGCCCAUCCUCUGCAAGUUCUGCGGGAAAAGAUUCUGUAUGAUUUCAGCGUUGCAAAGGCACAAGAGUAUCCACACAGGUGAGAAGCCGUAUUCUUGCAAGUUCUGCGGGAAAAGUUUCUGUGCGAGUACCGUAUUGAAAAGGCACGAGAGUAUCCACACAGGUGAGAAGCCGUAUUCUUGCAAAAUAUGUGGAAAAGAUUUCGGAUAUAAAAGUCACUUCUUGGCCCACAUGAGAACGCACAGAAAUGAGAGGAAGUUUACAUGUAACACAUGUGGGCAAGCUUUCAGACGUAUCUAUGAGCUGACAGUCCACAUGAGAAGAGCCCACACUGGUGAGAAACCGUACUCUUGCAAGGUCUGCAGGAAAACAUUUUGUGACGUUUCAGUAUUGAAAAGGCAUAUUAGCAUCCACACAGGUGAGAUGCUGUACACUUGUAAAACAUGUGGGCAAGCUUUCAGACGUGACUAUGAACUGUCAGUCCACAUGAGAAGAGUCCACGCUGAUGGGAAGCCGUACCUUUGCAACACCUGUGGGAAAAUUUUUGUUUCAGUGAUUGAGUUGGAAAGGCAUGUAAGCGUUCAUACAGACCAGUAGUAUUCCAUUUGAACUGACACAAGUGAUGAGCCACAUCAUGGCAGCGGUAAAAUAACAGAGCAUCAGCGAACACAGGAGAAACCAUUGAGUUGAAACUCUUGUGGAGACGUGUUCACUAACUGAAGGAAACAAGCUUUUGCAUUUGAAACAUAUCCUUAACUGAUUAUAACAUGUUUUCAAUAAAGAUGAGAUGUAAAUAUAUCUUGCUGUAAAGUUUUGCUUCACGUGACUGCACUGCUUACAUUUUUGUUUUGUGAAUAUUUCUUGAGUAUUUCUGCGAAAUAACUGUAAUCUCCCAAAUAAAGGAAAAUGUUAGUGUCAGUGUGAGUGCACAGUGGUGGCUGUUAUACGAAAGGUGUGAUGUGGAUGAAUGAUUCUUGUGUCA